UGGAGAUCUCUGAACACAGCUGAGACAUGAUUGAUAGUGCUGCAAAUGUGUUUCCUUGGCAGUGGGUAAUCAGUGCUGGACUGCAACUUGGAGGAGCUGGGCAGGAACUCCCCUGCCUUGGCUCCCUCAUAGGGCAUCCCAAUUAACACAUUUGUGUUUUUCUCUAUUCACUGGGACUAUUGCUCUGUAUUUUGGUGAACCCUAAGUGUUUUGCAUGGUGUGAGGCUCCUUCAAAUGGAAACAAGAUCACAGCUGGGCUGUCAUUCUGAAAUUACCUCUUCCUGGGGGUGAAGGGUGCUAUUCCCUCUGCUCCCCACUCCCCGUGGGACUGCUAUAAGGAAGAGUUUGCCAAUGAAUAUAAAAAGCUGGUGUUUUCACAUGCAUAAGAGGCACCUUAAGCAUGACAAGGAAGAUCUUCACCAACACCAAGGAGAGGUGGAGGCAGCAAAAUGUGAACAGCGCCUUUGCCAAGCUGAGGAAACUCAUUCCCACCCACCCACCAGACAAAAAACUGAGCAAGAAUGAGACCCUCCGUUUAGCCAUGAGAUACAUCAACUUCCUUGUCAAGGUCCUGGGGGAGCCAGGCCUGCAGCAGACGGCAGUGGCAGCUCGGAGCAGCAUCCUGGGGUUCUUCCAGCAAGCUCCACACUUGCAAAGCGUGGAGGAGCUGCCACUGAUUGAAAACUGUGGUGUCUCGUGUCCUGGCACCAAUAUAGUAGAGUGUUGGUCAGAAACAUCAUCUCCCUAGCAAGCAAUGAGAUGUGCAGUCUUGGUUUUAGUCUUGAUAGUCCCUCUCCUUUUGCUCCUCUAUGUAUUGUGAAUAUUUAUUCAUAUUUAUUACUAUUUUAUUUGGUAUGAAUUUUUAUUUAAUAAGAAAGGAAAUCCUUGGUCAUCCACGAACUUGGAGGUCCAGAGGGAGAACUUGCAGUCUCUGGGAACUUGGAAGGACUUAGUGCUGUCAUAGCAGAGUCCAAGCCAGAGGAGCCUUCUACCCAGAUCUCCUCCAUAAAUCAGGCCAUAGAAACUUAUUCAGUGUUUCUGACAGGGAAAGAGAUUAUUCUCCCAUGCUAAUUCAAGGAAACACUACUGAGAUGAAGAAUGAUGACUGCACCACAAAAUUUGUCUAAGACAGACAUCUGGCCUUGGUAGUGAAAGAUUUUGAGGUAUGUGAUAUUUGACACAGUCCUCCACCAGUUGUUCCAGGGGAUAACUGCACUCACUCUUGAGCUUGUGAAUCUUAUUUCCAGCUUGAUUCUUUUUUUUUUGAGAAUGCAAGUCCUAGUCCUUGAACCUGGCUACAUCACACUGGAGGGAUCUCUAGUGUCAGAGCAAAAUGUGGUAAAUAAAAUUAAAUGUUAGGCUAAAGCAAAGUGCCAGUUUAAACUUAAAGAAGACAUAGUUGUAGAUGAGUUUGAGUGGGUUCAAUAGGCAGAGUAAACCUCCUUUGUAGCAGUGCCAGUGUGCAUGUGAAAGAUGAUGGUCAGCUAUGCUCCAGAUGCCUUAAAAGCCCAUCAAAAAGAGGUUGGUGGCUAAAUGUCUUUGCAUAUCCAGCUGACUGCCUUUAAACUCCUUGGUUUCCCCUGCUGUA